AUGGCGGCCGCAGCACAUAGCGUACCAGGUCUCGAGUUUUCGACUGUCGACGACAUGGACCUGCAUUCCGAUGAUGGCGGCCUCGACUUCAACGACGGUGACAUCGAGUUGGAUCUCGACCCUCCGCCUUCCAAUCCCCUGGAUGACGAAAUGUCUAUGAACGAUGCAGCCUCGGCGAACGGAAUAGAUGUGGAAACUAUACCUGGCGAGCAAGACGACUUUAUGGUUGACCAAGAGGAUGUGAUUGAGGAGGAUUAUAGCUACCAGGAGGAUCACGGCGUCAUAGUUGUUGAUCAGCCUGUAGCAAUCCCCUCUCAACCUAUACCAGUCACCUCUCCGCCUGCCCCAGUCAACCUUCCACCGAUCCAGACCGACGCAUCAAAUCAGGAUGACGAUCUUAUCGACUAUUCCGAAGAGGAAGGUGAAGACUACCACAAUCCUGAGCUCCGUUCACCGUGGUUGCGACAAGAAAGCUACUAUUCGGAAACCCAAGAAGCUCAGGACGAACAGGCUAAGGAUAUAACUGAACAGCAAGACGAGAUACCCGCUGACUUGCAAGCUUUACUCUCGAUGCCUGCGAAUAACAAGUCGCCCAGCCCAUACGUAGAAGCUCAGAGCGCCGCCGAUCCUAAUGCACACGGCUUAGCGGCAGAUGAACACGCUCACUCGCCCCGCCCACAGUCGGUUGACAACAACGAAGAAGAUGGUCAGAAUGAUGAUGGUGACGGUGACGGCGGUGUGAUGCUGCCAGGCCAGGAAGAACAUGCAGACACCGAGACACAGAACCAUGAUUCGGCACACCAUGGCCAUGAUCAAGAAGCCUCUACUGAGGAAAACGAGCACCAAGACCCCGAGUCGUUCGAACUUCCGCCUGUCACCGUGAACUACCACGGCGAAGAGCUAUGGCUCUUCAAACAGCAUGACUACGAAAACAGUGGGGAGUGGCUUAUACAAGACACCUCGAUCGCAAAGGCCAGCUUGUCGGAGCUUUUUCAAGCAUGUCGUCUGUCUCUUGGUGAAGAUGUGUCAGGCGAGACAGAAAUCGGCUUCAGAUUUGAGCACUUGCAGAACCUGGAGAUCUUCGAGGACAACACAGCAUGCGUAGCUGUUUCACUUGAACGUCUCGUAGGAUACUACCAUGCGCUACAUGCUCAAGAUGGUAAUAAUGCGCCAGACUCGUUCUAUAUCUCCUUGAUGUUUCGACCGCGCUUCGCUAUCCUGCUUUCGGACAUUGCAAAAUACGCCGAUCAAGGAAGCGGCUAUUCCGAUUUCGAGGCUGCUGUACUCGCUGGUGAGACUCACUUCGCUGGCAUAAUCGGUGAGACUCCGAGCGAUGAGCCCACUGAGUGGGGCACUCAGGAGCAAGAGCAAGAUUACGAUGAGCAGCAAAUAGAGAAAGCAGAUGCCGAGGUGACGGAGUUUGCGAAGGAAGAAGCGCUGCUUCAAGAAGAUGGUGGCAAGGGUAAUGAGAGUGAAGGAGAGGGCGAGCAAGAGACGCACAGCGUCGAAGAGGUGGAGGUGCAUGAGGAUGAGCACAAUUCAGCCGAGCAUACCUCUUACCACGAGCUCGAUCACAGCGAAGCGAAUCAUGAGCAAAAUACUCACAAGGAGGAGAGUGCUGAGGGCACAAAAGAGGAAGAGGUUGAGGUUGAACAUUCAUUUCACGAGGAGCAAGAACCGACUGCUGAGGAAGACCACAGUCUACAAGCUGCUAAUCCUAGUGACGUAUCCGCGAAUCCCCACGAAGUAGUAGAUCAAGCUCAUCAGGAGAGCCCAAAACCGAAUGAGGAGACUGAUGCCGAGGCAGAGGCUCGUCGCUUGCAGGAGCAAGAAGAUUUCGUUGACUACAGCGACGAAGACGAGCCAACCGUAAACGUCAAAGAAGACGAAGAAGCACCCGCCACUGAGCCUUCGCCUUCGUCCGUGACGCUCCAAGACGAUGAAUUCGUAAACGCAGAUGAGCAUGGAUCUGUCGCAGGCUCCAUUAGCCACAAUGAGAGGGCCAGCCAGAACGACAACGAGGCUAAUGAGGAACCUCAUGUCGAAGUAGAACGUGACGAGACGGAAGGCAACGACGGCAAUGGUCUGUCGUACCAGGACGGUGUCCAAGUCUUCGACGAAGAUGACCCAUUCCAGGAUUUCCACGCGGAAGGAACGGAUGGAACGGAUGGAUAUGCUGCAGACGCAUAUGACGGCGACGCUAACCAAGAUUUCGCCAACCAGUUGGACUUCAUGAAUGGAGGUGAAUUCAACGCUGCUGGGGCCGAAACAACGGAUGGUAACGACCUCACUGGCACGGACGACUUCCUGGAUCUGGAAAACAAUCCUGAGUGGGAUGCCGACCAGGAACUGGACCAGGAAGACUUGGAGAAGGCAACCAAUGCACAUGAUCACGUCGAUACCCAAGACAGAGAGGACGGUGUGGCUGGAGAGACUACGAACGCAACGUCUUCGGCUGCAGAUCCUACGACGGCCUCGUCUGGUGAUGCCCAAGAAGUGUCCCCACAAGGGCAGAAGCGAUCUAUCGACGAGGCUGGACAUGGAGAGGAUAUUGCACCUGACUCCAUAGGUAUGCUCAUUUCCCCAUCACGCAAGCGAAACUCAGACGUUGAUUAUUUUGUUCCAGACGCCAAACGCGCCAGAGUGUGA